AUGAGCUCUGUCCGGUCCAGCUUCUCCCCUUCCUCCCAAUCACUCGGGCCGGCUGCAGAUGAGUUCAGAGGCAGCGGGGGGUGUGGGUGGGUGGGUGGGUGGGACAGGGGGAUAGAGAGAGAGCUGGACACGGGAGGGGGCCAGGGCUCUCACAGCGGCGAGAGGAUGCCAGCUGCUAGCACCAUGACCGGCGGACGAGCCCUGUUGCUCUGUACGAACACUGAAAACUGCAUCUACCAAUCAGUCAACGGGCUCCAGUGCUGUGGCUUCCAAUUGAGGGACUCCCCACUGUCAGCAGUGCCCCACCUGCUCUCGGAGGUGGCGGGUCCCAGGGCCGCUCCCCCUCAUCGUCCCGUGUCCCCGUCAUCCAAACCAGGCCAACCGGAGGACACCAUGCUGGCCCAACGCAGAACGACUACCUCCACGGACCCUCGCACUCCCGGCCUGGAAAACGGCUCAUGUGGAACCAAUCUCAACAACAUCAAAAGCUCGGCAGGGGCUAAAUCUGCGAGUAUUCGAGACAAGAUAUCUCAGUGGGAGGGGAAGAGGGAGCCCACGAUAGGAGGGUCCACGGGCGAUCCGGAGGCCGCCAGGAAGAAGGAGACGAAAAUACCGGAUGUUCAACGCUCGGACAGUAAGCGGUUUGCUAGUCGGGAGAGACAAGACUCAGGGAAGGAGAAUUUCAAAUGCAAAGCUACAGAAGGUAACAACAACUUGAUCAUCGAAAGGUCCAUAAAACCAACAGAGCAACCUCAACACAAGAAAAAUGUUUUAAUUCAUGUGAAAAAAUUGGAAAAGGCGACUAAGGACCAACCGGACAGGCCUUCGCUAGCGUUUCCCGGGAAUUAUUUUUGCCCCCCGUCAAAGGAGGAACAGGAGGAGACUGAGAAAAGGGGCAGUGAGCCAAUUUUCGGGACGUUCGAUGUGGUCCGUCUUGGUUCGCGACGGAGGAGGGACGCCGAGAAUGUGUACAGCGAACCAGGCGCUCCGUCUAUAAACCCCCUGCCCAAACCUCAGCGGACCUUCCAGCACCACACCCCGCCCACCAGCCCAGUGUCGGGGCCCGGGAUGGGGAAGGGGAAGCGGAUCUUACCCCCUCUGCCCUCCAUCCCGCCCCCACCUUUACCCUCCAGUCCUCCGCCCGGCGUCUGUAGGAGGGCCUGGUCUGACAAACCACGGGACAGUAACAACAGGAAGUCGUACGAGUUUGAGGAUCUGCUGCAGUUGUCCGCAGAGGGGUGCAGGGCGGACCGGUAUGCGCAGUCUCGGCUCGGCCUCGCACGCACUUUAUCAGUGGAGAACGUCUAUGAGGACAUCAUAGACCCUCCGACCAAGGAAAAUCCCUACGAAGACAUCGAGGUGGAGAGAAGCUGCUUAGAAACAAAAUGUUACUCCCCAAUGUCCUCGUCGCCGGUCCCUGAUACGCCCACAAAGCCGCCAAAAUCCGGGUUCUUUCGACAGACAUCAGAAAGACGAAGCUUCAAACUCCUCGAGCUGCGGAAAAUCAACAAAGACUCUGGGGUCUCGUCCCCGUCCCGGAUCAGCCCGCCCUCCACCCCCAGCAGCCCCGAUGACACGCCCUGCCUCUCCGGAGACCCCAACAACCGCAGACGCCGGAAAAUACCCAAGAUGGUGUUGAAAAUCAAUGCUAUAUUCGAGGCUCGGAGAGGAAAGAAACGGAUGAAGCGAGUGUCUCAGUCCACAGAGUCCAGCUCAGGGAGAGAAGAAAACAGCGAAUCAGAAAGUGACACUGAGGAAAAACUAAAAGCUCACAGUCAGCGGUUGGUGUCGGUCCAGUCGAUGCUGCGGCAGACGGGGAAGUACCGGACUCUGGAGCGGGACCUGAUGGAGCUGCAGGAGCGGAAACUCUUUGAAUACUUCAUCGUUGUCGCGCUUCACAAAACGAAGGCUGGGGUCCCCUACCUGCCGGAGGUCACUCAGCAGUUUCCUCUGAAGCUGGAGCGAAGUUUUAAGUUCAUGCGAGAGACCGAGGACCAGCUCAAAGUCAUCCCACAGUUCUGCUUUCCCGACGCCAAAGACUGGGCUCCUGUCGACAACUUCCCCAGUGAGACGUUCUCGUUUGUGUUGACCGGAGAGGACGGGAGUCGACGGUUUGGUUACUGCCGAAGAUUACUGCCCAGUGGGAAAGGCCGGCGGCUCCCAGAGGUCUACUGCAUCGUGAGCCGUCUCGGGUGUUUCGACCUUUUCUCCAAGAUUCUGGACGAAGUGGAAAAGCGGCGUGCGAUCUCCCCCGCGCUGGUGCAGCCGUUUAUGAGGGGCAUCAUGGAGGCUCCUUUCCCUGCCCCCGGACGGACUAUCACAGUGAAGAACUUCCUCCCUGGUUCUGGGACAGAGGUGAUAGAGCUGUGUCGGCCGUCGGACUCGCGCCUCGAGCACGUGGACUUUGAAUGUCUGUUUUCCUCUUUAAGUCUGCGGCUGCUCCUCAAAGUGUUCGCGUCGCUGCUGCUGGAGCGGAGGGUCAUCUUCACCGCCGAUAAACUCAGUACGUUGUCUCAGUGCUGUCACGCGGUGGUGGCUCUGCUCUACCCGUUCACCUGGCAGCACACGUACAUCCCGGUGCUGCCGCCCUCCAUGCUCGACAUCGUCUGCACGCCGACCCCCUUCAUUGUGGGCCUUCUGUCCAGCUCCUUGCCCCGACUCACCGAGCUCCCCAUCGAAGAGGUCCUGGUCGUAGAUCUCGGCAGCAGUCGCUUCGUACGACAGUUGGACGACGAGGACUCCAUUCUUCCACAUAAGCUGCAGGCUGCACUGGAGCAGGUGCUGGACAAGAGGAAAGAGCUGGCCUCCGAUAAAGGAGACCUCUUUAAUGACUCCAGCUCCCUCAGUGCCGUGGUGUCUGAGGCCUUCGUGCGCUUCUUUGUGGAGAUCGUGGGGCACUUCUCUCUGUUCUUGGGGGGGACGGAGCGAGAGGACGAGUCUCUUUCCUCCCCCUCCUCCCACAAUCCUCCAGCCUCCACCUUCCAACGAGAGCCCUUCCGAAAAGCCGUGACCUCCAAGAGUCUGAGGCGCUUCCUGGAGGUCUUCAUGGAGACACAGAUGUUUACAGGCUUCAUCCAGGAGCGGGAGCUACGGCGCCAAGGACUCAAAGGUCUGUUCGAGGUGAGAGCACAGGAGUAUUUGGACUCACUGCCUGGAAGUGAACAGAGAGGGGUGAACAAAUUCCUCAAAGGCCUCGGUAGCAAGAUGAAGUUUCUGUCAAAGAACAACAGUGACUUCACCCAGAGCACCUGGGUGCCGGCUCCCUCCCCGCGGGGUGGGAGCGAGGAGCUGGGGGAGGGACUGGACAAGCCCCUGGAGAACGAUGCAGAGGGAGUGUGGAGCCCUGACAUCGAGCAGAGCUUCCAGGAGGCUCUGGCCAUAUACCCUCCGUGUGGCAGACGGAAGAUUAUCCUGUCUGACGAGGGCAAGAUGUACGGAAGGAACGAACUCAUUGCCCGAUACAUCAAGCUCCGCACUGGGAAGACGCGGACCAGGAAGCAGGUGUCCAGCCACAUCCAGGUGUUGGCUCGGCGAAAGGCCCGAGAGAUCCAGGUGAAGCUCAAGGGGGCAGUGGACAUGGGGGUGCAGUAUGUGGCAGUAGACAUGGUGCUAAAGUAUGUGGCAGUAUACAUGGGGGUGCAGUAUGUGGCAGUGGACAUGGGGGUACAGUAUGUGGCAGUGGACAUGGGGUUACAGUAUGUGGCAGUGGACAUGGGGUUACAGUAUGUGGCAGUCGACAUGGGGUUACAAUAUAUGGCAGUGGACAUGGGGGUACAGUAUGUGGCAGUGGACAUGAGGGUACAGUAUGUGGCAGUGGACAUGGGGGUACAGUAUGUGGCAGUCGACAUGGGGGUACAGUAUGUGGCAGUCGACAUGGGGUUACAAUAUAUGGCAGUGGACAUGGGGGUACAGUAUGUGGCAGUCGACAUGGGGGUACAGUAUGUGGCAGUGGACAUGGGGGUACAGUAUGUGGCAGUGGACAUGGGGGUGCAGUAUGUGGCAGUGGACAUGAGGGUACAGUAUGUGGCAGUGGACAUGGGGGUACAGUAUGUGGCAGUGGACAUGGGGGUACAGUAUGGGGCAGUGGACAUGGGGGUACAGUAUGUGGCAGUGGACAUGAGGGUACAGUAUGUGGCAGUGGACAUGGGGGUACAGUAUGUGGCAGUGGACAUGAGGGUACAGUAUGGGGCAGUGGACAUGUUGGAACAGUAUGUGGCAGCAAACAUGUGGGUACAGUAUGUGGCAGUGGACAUGGGGGUGCAGUAUGUGGCAGUCGACAUGUUGGAACAGUAUGUGGCAGCAAACAUGUGGGUACAGUAUGUGGCAGUGGACAUGGGGGUGCAGUAUGUGGCAGUCGACAUGUUGGAACAGUAUGUGGCAGCAAACAUGUGGGUACAGUAUGCGGCAGUGGACAUGGGGGUGCAGUAUGUGGCAGUCGACAUGUUGGAACAGUAUGUGGCAGCAAACAUGUGGGUACAGUAUGUGGCAGUGGACAUGGGGGUGCAGUAUGUGGCAGUAUACAUGGGGAUGCAGUAUCUAGCAGAAGAUAUGGGGCUGCAGUAUGUGGCAGUAGACAUGGGGAUGCAGUAUGUGGCAGUAUACAUGGGGAUGCAGUAUCUGGCAGAAGAUAUGGGGCUGCAGUAUGUGGCAGUAGACAUGGGGAUGCAGUAUGUGGCAGUAUAUAUGGGGAUGCAGUAUCUGGCAGAAGAUAUGGGGCUGCAGUAUGUGGCAGUAGACAUGGGGAUGCAGUAUGUGGCAGUAUACAUGGGGAUGCAGUAUCUGGCAGAAGAUAUGGGGCUGCAGUAUGUGGCAGUAUCUGGCAGAAGAUAUGGGGCUGCAAACUUCACUGAUGAUGCAACGGCCUUCGCUUCGCUUCCCCCUUUUAGGGCCGUGCGCGACCAGGCCGCCAAAGACAAAGCUCUGCAAAGUAUGGCCACAAUGUCGUCAGCGCAGAUCAUCUCCCCCACCGCCUUCCAGAACAAGAUGGCACUCCAGGGCUUGUCCCGGCAGGCCUACACCCCCAGCGGAGGAUUUUGGCACGGAGCACUGUCGGGGCAACCUGGGGGCCAUGAAGACAUUAAGCCGUUCUCCCAGCAGAGUUACACCAUGCAAGCAUCUGGCCCGACACCCAUAACAGGUUAUGAAAGCACGGCAGGUAUGGCCGUGUCCCCGGGCGCCCCCCCGUGGCAGGGCAGAUGUAUUGCCAGCUCAAAGUUGCGUAUGUUGGAGUUUUCUUCCUUCUUAGAGCAACCCCAGGACCCCGAAACUUUCAACAAGCACCUGCUCGUCCACAUCGGCCAGUCCAACCCCAGCUACAGCGACCCAUAUUUGGAGUCCGUGGACAUCAGGCAAAUCUACGACAAGUUCCCAGAGAAGAAAGGAGGCCUGAAGGAGCUGUUCGACAAGGGGCCACACAACGCUUUCUUCUUGGUGAAAUUCUGGGCCGACCUCAGCAUUAACCUCCAGGACGACAGUAACUUCUUCUACGGCGUCUCCAGUCAGUACGAGAGCUCAGAGAACAUGAUCAUCACCUCCUCCACCAAAGUCUGCUCCUUCGGGAAACAGGUGGUGGAGAAAGUGGAGACGGAGUAUGCGCGUUACGAGAAUGGUCGUUAUGUGUUCCGGAUUCACCGCUCCCCUCUUUGUGAAUACAUGAUUAACUUCAUCCACAAACUCAAGCAUCUACCAGAGAAGUACAUGAUGAACAGUGUCCUGGAAAACUUCACAAUUUUACAGGUGGUGACGAACCGGGACACUCUGGAGACGCUGCUGUGUAUAGCCUACGUAUUUGAAGUGUCCACGAGUGAACACGGAGCACAACAUCACAUCUACAGACUGGUGAAAGACUGA